GUUGAUUAUGUGAUGUGGUUAUGAUCAGGUUAUAAUUUGCGUUUUAUAAAAACCGUAAAGACAGUGCGAGAAACCAGGAAACAAAAAAUCGUAGAAUGGCUAAAGGAAAAGACACUUUGAAGAAAAUUUCAGAAAGUGUUGCUGUCGAACUCGGUUCGACUGAGGACGGCACAGGGUUAAAGUUCGAGGAAGGAUUUUUCAAGAAGACGGAAGAAAAGUUAGAAACGGCUUUCCAUCAGAUGAUUGGAAUUAUGAAAUUCGUCAACUCGUUUGCAUACUUUAUGGGGGUGGAAUUCAUUGAUGAUUGGAAACUCAAUGCUAGAACCGUACUCGGUGCCUGUUUCAAUUUUACAAUGAUUAUUGAUGAAACCUACACCAUAUACCAUAUGUACCCGUCGGUGGAUUGCCUGAUCUUGAUAGGCUUUAUUUGCUUCACCGCAACGGUUUCGACAAAGUUAACAAUUCUGAGCCGUCACCACAAGAAAUAUAUGUCGGCAGUGGGUUACAUGUUCCAGGUUCUCAAUAGCAAUUCAACAGGACCACGACAGCAAAUCUUCGUCGAUGUUAUAACGAAGCUAAAGUAUCACUUUAAAAUUAAUAUCGGCCUCAUAGUGGGCGGUAUUAGUUUCUAUGUAGCUUUCCCGUGCUACAAUUACAUUUUCAACGGAAUCUUGACAGUAAUUUCGCCGCUUUGGCUACCCAUUAUCAAUUCAAACAACUUACGGGGAUAUUUAGUGAACACUUGCUAUAACGUUUUCUUUGCGAGCUUUGGCUGUUCAAUUUGUGUCGCUAUCAGUUGCUUAUUACUUGUAUUUGUUGAUAUAUACGAUGGCCUGGUGUCGUUAGUAGAGCUCGAUUUUGCAUCGUUUGAUGAUUUGUGCGAGAAAAUGGAGCGUGGUAAGAUGUACGAUUUUCGGUUCAAAAAUUUAUUGAUGGAAUUGACAGACUUAGCGAGAUUAAACUCGUACAUGAAAGAUUUGUUUGAAAUAAUUGCGACUGUACAACUUACUAUGUCCUCUAUUGUGGUUGUGAGUGGCAUAUGGGCAUUUAUUGCGUUUAAUUUUGUUGGUGGUCUUGGACCAUCUCUGUCAUUUUAUUCUGAAAUGUUGAUGUACUGUUAUAUGGGACAGUUACUGGACAACACGAAUAAUAGAAUCGAGAGGGUAAUUUGUGAAGCGAAAUGGUACACUUACGAAGUGAAGUAUCAAAAGGACAUCUUCACGCUUCUCUAUAUAGCCCAAAACUUGCAGUCUAUUCGUAUUGCAAACAUGUAUCCGCUAAACUUUGGCACCGGCUUAAAUAUAACCCAAAACGUUUAUUCUUUGAUAAUGUUCGUGCUGGAAAUGUUUACCUAACUUAUUACCCGUAAUUUCACGACGAUCCUGCUAUUAUGAUAUUGAGAGAACAUGCGAAACUGUGCUUUUUAGCGUCUCUCAGCUUAUAUAUUGCUAUGCUUGUUUGCUUAUUUAGUUCUUGUGCCAACCCACUGUUUUUGCAGUACACAGUUGUGGCUAAAUUAUUACUUUUAAGUUACAAAUUACAAUGUCUACAAUUUUGCAUAAAAGUUUUGCUUAAUAAAGAUCUGAUCAUGAGUAAAAUA